AUGAGAACGGUCAUGUCGCGUCGUCAGCAAAGCGAAAAUCUCGCCAAGAAUCCAUAUGUUUCUUUCGAAAAACCUACCAUUGAUGAGGAUGGUCUCCUGUGGAACGAAUGGAAAAUAGGAGUAUAUGGUUUAAUUUUCUCAUUGAUAGUGUUAACUGUUAAAUUCUUCGCUACAUACAGAGGCAGCUUCGAGAAGGCCUUUCUAGAGCCCAAAUUAAUACAGCAAGUUUUAAUAGAAGAUGGCCACGAGAUGUUCACUUAUAGUUGGAAAACCGUUGUUAAAUAUAGCAGUGUAUGGUUUCCCGUUUUGUGUGGAUUAUUAACAACUUAUUUCACUUGGACAAUAGUCUAUUUGGACUCGAAAAUUCCAGGUGUAAAUCCACCGAGUCCACUAUCACCACAAAAAUAUAAACUCCAAUCUGGGUACACUUUUCAUCUGAGCUACGUUUUUGCCAUAGUAGUCGGCAUCUGGGUGGCGAUCUAUUUGUUUUGCCGAGGGGCUUCUAUACAGUUUUGA